AUGACGUCGGUGGACUGCAACCGGGCUGUGAGCGCCCAGGGAAGGGCGAAACGGUGGGAGGCGGCCGUCACUCUGCUUCGAGGGGCCGAGGAGGAGGGCCUGGCAGACGUGGUGACUUACACAGCUGCCCUCAGCGCCUGCGCGUCUGCGAGCCACUGGGGUCGGGCAAUCGACCUCUGGGUAGAGGUCAAAGCCAACGGCCUGGAGGCAGACAUCCAGACUUACAACGCUGCGCUUGGCGCCUGCGAGAAAUCCUCCGGAUGGGAGGAGGCCCUGUCUGUGUUGGCGGAGGCAUGCCGAGCGAAGCUGCAGCCGACGGGGGCGACGUAUUGCACAUGUCUGGGGGCGUGUGGUAAGGCAUCUCAAUGGCAACUCGCCUUUGCCCUCCUGGGGGAGGCGGAGUGUGCCGAGAACAAACGGGAGGGGGAUGUGCGGAUCUCCAAUGCAGCUUUGAGUGCCUGCGAUCGGGCGUCCGAGUGGGCGCAGGGCCUCGAGCUCUUCGGAGAGGUUCGGCAGAAGCAAGUGCAGCCCAGUGUUGUCACCUUCAGCACCUUGAUCAGUGCCUGUGGCCGGGGUGGUGAAUGGCAGCUUGCUCUGUGCCUGCUCGAGGACGCUUUGAACAGCAAGCUGCGGAUCAACACCAUCACCAUGAAUUCAGCUAUCAGUGCAUGUGAGAAGGCUGCCCAGUGGCAGUCGGCCCUGCUUCUUUUAGGGGCGCUUGGUGCGUGGCAGCUUGAAGCCACGGUCGUUUCAUGGAGUGCAGCUGUCAGUGCCUGCGAGAAAGCAGGGCAGUGGCAGGCUGCCCUGGGUUUGCUUCAACAAGCAAGAUCCAGCCAUGCGUAUCCGAAUGCAAUCACCUACAACGCGGCCAUCAGCGCCUGUGCCGCAGGAGGCUGGUGGCAGAAGUCCUUGAUGCUGCUGGAAGACCUUACAGAUCAUAUGCUGCAGCCCACGGAGGUCACCUACGCUGCAGUGAUCAGUGCCUGUGAGGUUUCUGCUGAAUGGCAUCUGGCUCUGAGCCUCUUGCAGAAGAUGGCAGUUCAGCAGCUUUCCCCGAGCACCGUGGCCUUCAAUGCAGCUAUCAGCACUUGCACCCGGGCGGCUGAAUGGCAACAAGCCUUGCAGCUGCUGACUCUCAUAGAAGAGCGGCAGCUGCGCCCGGAUGUGACCAGCUACAAUGCCGCCAUGAGCGCCUGUGAGCGGGUGCUCGAUUGGACUGGAGCUCUGGCUCUGCUAGGAGACCUCGAUGCACGGUCCCUGCAAGCCACAGUGAUCAGUGUGGGAGCCUGUAUCAGCGCCUGUGAGAAGGCCACUGUGUGGCGACAGCCGGGUGGGAACCCUAAAGCCCUACGCCCCAUACAGCCUCAUAGCCCAUAA